AUGACCUCUAUAUCGUUUGGCGACCAGAAUCGGGGGUUACAGGUGGGUACUAGUCACGGAGACAUAUACUAUACAUCUGAGCACCCGGAACCCCGCCCAGAGCCACUGUCGACCGUGCCGUUCCCGCAUGAUCCAGAUUUUGUCAGCCGCGAUGAACUCCUCGAUCAAAUCCACGAAAAAUCCUUGAUCCCGGGAUCUAGAAUAGGUCUCGUUGGCCUAGGGGGCGUUGGGAAAUCUCGACUCGCCAUCGAAUACUGCCACCGAGUCCGGCAGCAAUCGCCUGACACCUGGGUUUUCUGGGUUCACGCGAGUAAUGCCGCGCGCUGCGAGGAAAGUCUCCGCAACCUUGCCGACCGUGCUAAGAUCCCCGGGCGCCAGGAUCGCAACGCUAAUAUUUUCCAACUCUUCGGGAACUGGUUGCAAGAUGGGAAGAUCGGAAAAUGGAUUCUUGUCCUUGAUAAUGUCGAUGAUGACGAGCUCCUUCGGAAUCCAUUAACUACUCGGAUGGAGGCCCAAGCAGACACCCAGAGGCAUGCCCUAACGCAGCCACCGCUAAGGUACCUUUUCGAAAGUUCAAAUGGCUCUAUAAUUAUCACGAGCCGGAAUAAAGGAGUAGCAUUGGAGAUUGUUGGCCAUAAGAAGAAUCUGAUCGACGUACGACCAAUGAAUACAGCCGAGGCGCUAGUUCUCAUGCGGACCAAGCUAGAUGAAUGUGCAGAGAGAGAGGAAUUGGUUCAGCUAGUCGAGGAACUUGAGUUCAUGCCACUCGCGAUUGUGCAAGCGGCUAGCUACAUCACCCACCGUUCACCCCGCUGCUCGGCAUUGCAAUACCUAGAAAAGCUUCGGCAGAGUGAUCGCCAAGCCACGAAACUUCUGAAUCACGAGGGAAAACACAUCCAUCGAGACUGGGAGGCAAAAAACUCUAUCCUACUGACUUGGCAAAUUUCGUUCGACCAUAUUCGACGGAUCAGGCAGUCUGCCGCUGAUUUACUGUCUCUUAUGAGCUUUUUCGACUGGCAGGGGAUCCCAGAGGAUCUUCUACGGCUGCAAGAAAUAGACAGAAACCAUGACCGUUUGGGUUUUCUGCAAGACGUUAGGAACAGAUCCAGUGAUGAGGAUACGGAUUGCUCAUCUGAACCCGACGUAGAGGACGAUUUUGAGAGCGAUAUUGCGAUUCUCAGAGACUAUUCCUUUAUUACUUCAGGUGAAGGUAGCAUGGUGUUCGCGAUGCAUCGACUUGUGCAGCUAACAGUACGCACAUGGUUGAAAACCUAUGGUCAGGAGGAGGAGUGGAAGGAACGUUUCAUUAAGAACCUAUAUGGUGAAUUCCCGACCGGUCAAUAUGAAAAUUGGGAGAGAUGCCGGUCACUGUUUCCACAUGUUAGGUCGGCCGUGUUACAUCGACCGAAAUCGCAAGACUCACUCCGAAGUUGGGCUGCGCUACUAUACAAAGGGGCGUGGUAUGCGAUAAAAUGUGGCAGUAUUUCGGUUGCAGAGGAUAUGGCAGCUAUGUCAAGGAAGCAAAGAAUGAAGAUUGGCGGCGCCGAAGAUGAAGACACCCUUAAUAGCACUGCGAUGUUAGCAGAAGCCUACCGACUAGAGGGCCGAUGGGAAGAGGCGGAGCAGCUCUUUGUGCAGGUUAUGGCGACUCGCAAGACGAAACUCGGGGCGGACCAUCCUCACACGCUGACGAGCAUGGCCAACCUAGCGUCGACGUUUUGCAGCCAGGGCCGAUGGGAAGAGGCGGAGCAGCUCGAGGUGCAGGUCAUGGAGACGAGCAAGACGAAACUCGGGGCGGACCAUCCUCACACGCUGACGAGCAUGGCCAACCUGGCGUCGACGUAUAGGAACCAGGGCCGAUGGGAAGAGGCGGAGCAGCUCGAGGUGCAGGUCAUGGAAACGAGCAAGACGAAACUCGGGGCGGACCAUCCUCACACGCUGACGAGCAUGGCCAACCUGGCGUCGACGUAUAGGAACCAGGGCCGAUGGGAAGAGGCGGAGCAGCUCUUUGUGCAGGUUAUGGCGACUCGCAAGACGAAACUCGGCGCGGACCAUCCUGACACGCUGACGAGCAUGGCUAACCUGGCGUCGACGUUAUGGAACCAGGGUCGAUGGGAAGAGGCGGAGCAGCUCUUUGUGCAGGUCAUGGAGACGAGCAAGACGAAACUCGGGGCGGACCAUCCUCACACGCUGACGAGCAUGGCCAACCUGGCGUCGACGUAUAGGGACCAGGGCCGAUGGGAAGAGGCGGAGCGGCUCUUUGUGCAGGUCAUGGAGACGAGCAAGACGAAACUCGGGGCGGACCAUCCCGACACGCUGACCAGUAUGGCCAACCUAGCGUCGACGUUUUGGAACCAGGGCCGAUGGGAAGAGGCGGAGCAGCUCUUUGUGCAGGUCAUAGAGACGAGCAAGACGAAACUCGGCGCGGACCAUCCUCACACGCUGACGAGCGUGGCCAACCUGGCGUUGACGUAUAGGAACCAGGGCCGAUGGGAAGAGGCGGAGCAGCUCUUUGUGCAGGUUAUGGCGACUCGCAAGACGAAACUCGGCGCGGACCAUCCCUCCACACUGACGAGUAUUGCCAACCUGGCGUCGACGUUAUGGAACCAGGGCCGAUGGGAAGAGGCGGAGCAGCUUGAGGUGCAGGUCAUGGAGACGAGCAAGACGAAACUCGGCGCGGACCAUCCUGACACGCUGACGAGCAUGGCCAACCUGGCUUUCACGUGGGAAUCUACAGGCCAACAUGCGAAAGCAAUCGAUUUGCUUCGAACAUGCGUGGUCAAGCAACAACGAGUUUUAGGCCCAGCUCAUCCUCAUACUGUCUCCAAUGGCAACACGCUGCUGGAAUGGGAAACUGCGCAUCUUGCUAUCAAGGCAUGA